AUCUAGACUGUCAGUAUAGUCACUGUCUCGAGCGAAGUUACUCGAAUUGGCUGAAAUUGGUCGAAUAAACUGUUUCGAAAGACGGAGUGAUUGGUUUAUGUAUCGCUAUCAAUUCUGCUGCUGUUUUUUUUUUCUCUCCGAAAAUAAAGUUUGGAAAAAAGGCCAACGGAAUGUGAUUUAACAAGGAAAUCCACGGUUCGAGAGAUCGUUACACUGUUCCACGGGAAUUCGAGUGGAUCGAAUCGUUAUUACGUAUUUCAAUGUAUUUCGUCAAUAUGUUGCGAAUGCGUAGAGUGAACAUAAUGAGGAGUAAAAUGCCACCAUUUCGAAGGAAAAAGUCUGGAAAAUCUUUCCCCGUUAAAGUCUGUACCCUGGACGCUGAACUCGAAUUCAGUUUGGAGUGGAGAUCAACGGGAAGAGAUCUGUUCGAUUUGGUCUGUCGUACGAUAGGAUUAAGAGAAACGUGGUAUUUUGGACUCCAGUAUGAAGAUGCUAAAGGAUUUAUAUCUUGGUUAAAAUUGGACAAAAAAGUACAAGAUCAGUGUAUUUCUCAGCAACCUACGACACCUUUUAUGUUUCUGGCAAAGUUCUAUCCGGAGGAUGUUGCUGAAGAAUUGGUGCAAGAAGUAACACAACACUUGUUCUUCCUGCAAGUGAAACAGGCCAUCCUUUCAAUGGAUAUUUAUUGUCCACCAGAGGCAUCUGUUCUGUUAGCUUCUUAUGCAGUUCAAGCGAAGUAUGGAGACUAUGAUGAAGUAUCAUACCGUCCAGGAAUGCUCGCUAGCGAGGAUUUGUUGCCACAAAGAGUUAUCGAUCAGUAUCAGAUGACGCCUGAAAUGUGGGAAGAUAGAAUAAAAAUUUGGUAUGCUGAUCAUCGUGGAAUGUCAAGAGAUGAAGCAGAAAUGGAAUAUCUAAAAAUUGCUCAAGAUCUUGAUAUGUAUGGCGUAAAUUAUUUCCCUAUUAGUAAUAAAAAAGAAACUGACCUUUGGUUGGGAGUCACGGCCUUGGGACUGAACAUUUAUGAGAAGGAGAACAAGCUGGCACCGAAAACAACAUUCACAUGGUCAGAGAUACGACACAUCAGUUUUGAUGACAAGAAGUUCGUAAUAAAGCCGGUGGAGAAAACGUCGCCGAACUUCGUGUUCUUCUCGCAGAAAGUUCGGAUGAAUAAACUGGUAAAAAAACAGUCAGAUGUUGGCAGCUGGGUGAAGGGUUUGAUAGCUUUAGGAUUCGACGAACAAAACAAUGACAAAGCUGCUCACAUAUUAUUUGUUAAGAUCCUGGACCUGUGUAUUGGCAACCACGAUCUGUUUAUGAGGAGACGCAAACCUGAUUCCAUGGAGGUGCAACAGAUGAAAGCGCAGGCCAAAGAGGAGAAGUCGAGGAGACAAAUCGAGAGAAAUAAACUGGCACGAGAAAAACAACUCAGAGAAGCAGCAGAAAGGGAAAAGGCUGCUAUGGAGCAACGUCUUCUGCAAUAUCAGGAAGAAAUUCGUCUAGCAAACGAAGCACUUAGAAGGUCUGAAGAAACUGCAGAUCUACUAGCAGAGAAAAGUCGCGUGGCUGAAGAGGAGGCCAUGCUAUUAAGUCAGAAGGCUUCAGAGGCAGAACAGGAGAUCACACGUAUACGACUGAAUAAUAUGAAGACAGAAGAGGAAAAGGUUCACCUAGAACGAAAGACCAGAGAAGCAGAAUUGCUGACAGAAAGGCUGGUACAAGAAUCAGAGCGAAGAGCAGCAGAAGCAGAAAAAUUAAAAGAUGAACUGCUGCGUGCACGAAUUGCUGAAAAGGAAGCAAAGGAAAAACUGUUGGAAUUCCUCAGCAGAAAUGCUUACACUGCUACUAUAGCUCCUGUGCCAAAUCUAUUCCCAUCGACACAAGUACUUCCGUCAGAUUUGCAAGCGGAUCUUCAGACACUACAACUGGAUACUGAACCUCUGCCAGCUGACCUAACUUCAUAUGAUCUAAUUGCCGAUGGAGACGUCGAUCAGCUUUCCCUGGAAAUAGAGAAAGAAAGAGUCGAUUACUGGGAAAAAAGCAAACACUUGCAAGAGCAACUUAGAGAAUUGCGUACAGAGAUAGAAGUUAUGAAAGUCGGAGAGAAACAGUGCGAGUUAGAUCAAUUACACGAAGAACAAGUGCGACUCGGUGAGAAUAAGUAUAGUACGUUAAAGAAAGUGAAGUCUGGGUCCACCAAGGCCAGAGUUGCGUUCUUCGAAGAAUUGUAGUUGAUGUGUUCUUAAGAGGUUGAAAAAUUGAACGGACGCUUUAUGGAGAGGAAAUGAAACGAAUAUGCGAUUGGGUAUGAAAUUUUUGAAUCUCAGACACGUACGUAUGUAUACGUUCUAGAAUACUGAAACGUACGCUUUCUGUUGUAACAGUUUGAUUCACCCUCUAAUAUUAACAAUAUCGAUAUAAUUAGUAAAUCAUACUUAAAGUGCAGUAAAAUUGUCCCUCUUGCUUGAACUUAUAUUUGUUUCUAUCCCCUAUGUAUCUUUACCUAUUUUGUCGUGUUAACGUACAGUUUCUAGUAAUUUAGUAAGUCGAUUAGUAGAAUUUUGCAUGAAGUACAUACACAAAAAUCAAAAUUAUUAGUAGAAUUACUAGAUAUUAAUGAUUGUGUAGAAAUAAGCGAUUUUUGAAGUCGUAUAUUUUUUUUAAAGCUGCGAUAAUUUCAAAAUACUGCUCCCUUUUUUAAACUUCAACAUUCAGAAAGCAUGUAUUUCUUAAUAUUUUGUUAAAUUUUAAUAGAAUUGGAAUGAAUUUUAAUUCAAUUUUAAUGCGUUUCAGUUAUGAGCUAGUAUUAUCAUAAUACAUGCUUAGGUACUAUUAUUGUUACUAUGUUAAUACUCUUUAACGUGAAGUGAUCAAAUGUGCCUAUAAAAAUUUGUAUCGUGCAUCGCAUGAUUGGUAAAGGAGCUUAUCGAAGACAGAGAAAACUGUAUUAAAGCUGCAGUCUAGUCAAACAACUUGAGAAAGUGAACUAACUGGCGGCCAGAUUCUUCAUUGGUAAAGGUAUAAAAAGAAACAAUAGAAAAUCUACUUAAUUCGAACAGUUAUAAAACGCAACUGCUGCGAACAAAAAAUGUGAUUCUUAAUGAAAUUACGAAAGUAAACGAAAAAUUCCAAUGGAAUAUUAAUCAUAAUUUUAAAAGUCUGAUAAUGAUACAAAAAAAAUAACAUGUAUACUCAUACAUCAGUAUAAGAUUAUUUUAACAAAAUGGAGAGGAUAUUCUUUAUGUAAUUUUUACAUAAGAAAAGUAGAAGCUUUUUAUAGUUGCAAAUACGUGAGGAAUUGUUUAUAUCAACAUAAAAUCUUUCGAGAUAAUUAUGUAUAAUUAAGGUUUUAAGAUUUGUAUAUAUAAAAAAGUUAACAUAAAAUUUGAUCAGUGUAUGAGUAUAUAUAGCGAUAUUCUCGUCUUUUUUUUUUUUUUAGAUAAUCUAUAUGUAAGUGCAAAUCAUUGUUAUUAAUUUUUAUGCCAUAAAACGUAACUAACAUAAUUGCUAUAUGGUUAGUUUGAUUAGACUAGAGCGUUAGAACUUCUAUGCAUUAUUAAUCGUGGCCUUCGAAAAAGAAAUGUUCCUAUCAAUGUAGUAAGAAAGUCAGUGUUCAAGUAUUCUACUUAAUUAAGUAGGGCUUUCCAACCAUUCUAAAAUGUAACAUAUCCAUCGAUUAUAACAUAGAGACAAAUGUAUAUAAUACUUUCUGAACGAGAAAAGAUUUUAAUUUUUAUAUGAAGUAACGUAUAUAUUGCAUAAUCCUAUUUCCUCAACUCAAAACUUCCUUUAUUAUUCCUUGUUAUAAAGUAUGCAUAGAUUAAAUUUUUAUAAGCAGAUAUAUAGAAUUACAAAAAUGGGAAAUUUUUUAAUAUUUUGUGUAUAUAUAUACUUGAAAUUAAUAUUUCAUCACUUUCAUAAAUUUCUCUACGAAGCCUGUGCCAUAAUUUUUCAUAAUAUCUCCAAAUUGUAAGUUGGUAAUAUUCAAUAAGAUGAAGUAAAAAAAAUUUUUUGGAUUAGAAAACUUUUAAAUUGAUAUCUACAAUCAUAAGGGUGCCUUAUACAUUAUUAAUAAGUGAACAAUACUCGAACACUGAUUACUUGGUAAUAUGGAAGUACAGGAAGGGUAAAUACUUAUUAUAUUACCUCUUAGAUAAUGUUCUUAUAUUUUGCGAAUCAUUUUUAUUCUUAGAUUCUAUAUAGAGUGUCGAAUAUUCAGUAUUGAAAUAUAUUACAUUCUUUAAGAUGUUUUACCAAAAGUCUGGUGCGAGUGUUCAAUCGAAACCGAUGACUGGAACUUCCGGCGCCGUUGUCUGUGAUUCAAGUACGCGAGUGUAUUGGAUGCUAAUUAAAACCUUCAGCUGAAAUCAGUAUUUUUUCUACAAUAUAGAGGAAUGUACCUGUAAAUGUUAUUCACAAUUGCAAUUAUUCAAUUAGUUUAUUCCACGCCAGGGAACUUUUAUUUUCAUGAAACUCUCGUUAACAUUGAAAGUUAUGUUACAAUACAAUGAAUGCAUAAAUAUUUUCAUUACGUUCGUAUUGAAGGUGAUUUUGUCCUAUAUAAUAAUGAUAGUGAAAGGAAUUUGAGAAAUAACAAUCUUUUAUUUACAUACACAAUUUUUCUGAUAAAAUAUGCACAUUAUUACUUAGCCUAAAUACAAACGUAUUAAGUCAUCUUCUUUGGCAGGAUAGUUUGUCACUGGACACUUUCUUUCUGUGCGUAUCACAGGAAGAAUGCAUUGAUAGCAGAAUGCAUAACUGUGAAAUGAAAUAUUUAUGAAUUACAAUCUAAAUUGGAACUUCUUACUUUUAUAAUGUUUACACAUACCCAGAUACUGAAAGUACUGUAUGUAUUCUGAGUGCUUUACGACAGAUUGGACAUAUGCCUUUGUAUUGCUUUGCUAUUUCUGGAAUCUGAAAUAAAUAAAAAAAAUAUUUUACAUAUAAUUGCAGAUUACACAAAGAAA